AUACUCUAAUAAUACUUCAAUAUUCGAUUCUUUUUAAAAACUCAUACAAAAUCCCAUAAACAAUCAUGGCAGCCAAGCAAAUCGUUACCCUUAUCACCGGUGCCAAUCAAGGCAUUGGCUUCGAAACAGCCAAGAACCUCGUCCUCAGUUCAAACGCCUAUCAUGUAAUCAUUGGGAGCCGCGACGCCAACAGAGGCACCAAAGCAGUCUCCGAGCUCCAAUCCCUCGCCGACAUCAAAGGAACACUCGAUACAGUACAAAUCGACGUCACCGACGACAACUCCGUCGACAGAGCGGCCGAACACAUUCAAUCCAAAUACGGUCGUCUGGAUAUCCUGGUCAACAACGCCGGGGUCAACAAUCUCAAUCCGGCGGUGAGAGAAAGCAUGCGCAGCAUCUACGCCGUCAACGUGAUUGGCGUGGCCAGCGUGACAGAGGCCUUUCUGCCCUUGCUCAGGAAAUCGGAUGCGCCGAGGGUGGUGUUUGUUAGUUCGAGUAUGGGGUCAAUCGCAUAUGCGUCAGAUAAGAAUUCACCGUAUUAUCGGCCGCAGGGAAUCCCGUAUAGGAGCAGCAAAGCGGCGCUAAAUAUGAUGAUAGCAAUGUAUUCACAUUCGCUGAGUCUAGAAGAGAAGGAUUUCAAGGUGUUUGGUGCUGAUCCAGGACUGAAUGCGACGAAUUUGGUGGGUGAUGCGGCUUCUCUUAGGGCUAGAGGUGCGGUGGAACCUUAUGUUGGCGGAGGGAUUAUCGCAGCGGUGGCUAAGGGGGAAAGAGAUGCAGAUGUGGGACGAGUUUGUAGUAUUGAUGGUGUUGUGGAAUGGUAAGAUAU